AUGGAGUGGAGUUCCAUCUUGUUGGAACGUCACAAGAUUUUCAUCCAGCUGAUCAUCAUUCUCCAGAAUUUCUGUGAUCAUGGGUAUCAAUAUGAUCUUCCAACAAACGUGUUAUGGUUCCUUACAAUAGCAACAUUUUCUGAUUGUUAUCCACUAACGAUACAUAAAUAUGCCCCAGCUCACGAUGAAUACAAACCGACUGACUACAGCUUUAGCUACGGAGUGAAAGACCUUCACACUGGUGACAUCAAACAUCAAUGGGAGAAGAAGGAAGGAGACAAAGUAAAAGGUCAAUAUUCGGUAGUUGAGCCAGAUGGUUCCGUGAGGACGGUAUACUACUCUGCAGAUGAUAAGUCCGGCUUCAAUGCUGUUGUAAAGCAUAGCGGUCCAUUUCAUCAUCCAGCAGCAGAUUUCAGUAAAAAACCCUCUAGCCAUAAUGAGAUAUUACUGAAACACAACAGUGAAACACAAUAUGAAACAGAGGAAGCAAAAGAACCUGAAUAUGAGUACGUUUAUCCAAAGCAAUACGCUGAAGAAUAUGAGCAGGCAGAUAACACGGAAUACGGACAAACAGAUAACACUGCAGGUGAUAUAACAUAUGGUACUCAGCAAGAAGAAGAGCACGAUUCGGUGAGUGGAAAACCAAAUUAUGUUUAUGUGCCACAAGAAGAACUAGCUGAAGAAUCACAACGGUCCACAGUUAGGUCAACAUUCAAACACCAACAUGUAUAUGGAAGUGAACAAGACGUUAUGAGGCCACAGGUUAAUGUUAAAGGGGAAUAUGAGAAUGCAAAGUCCGUACCACAGUUACCAGUUGAUAUAAAUUUUAUAAAAAAGAACCCUUUAGAACAAGUUAUUCCAGUUGAUGUAAGUGUGGUCAAUCCAAUAGAAGUAGACCUAAGCGAAACUCAACCAUCAUAUGAACUGACUCAGCAGGAGCUGAACAAAUAUUUAGAGAAUUAUUACAAAUCCAAUAAAGAAAAUGAACCAGUGAUGGAAAGUGGUUUCCAUCCCUUAAGGUCUACUACAAAGACUACAGUGAAUCAAUCAGCCACUCCACAGACCUACAAGUCGAAUAAGAAGCCUGCCACCACUCCUGGUUUGAAACAUUAUUCCACCAACAAAUUUGCUCAGAAUAUUAAUAGUUACUCCUUAAGGGGGUCAAAGUUUCAUCAGUUUAAUACACAAAAGGCACCUCCAAGACCGCCUUAUCAGUAUGUUUAUCCCCUUUACCAAGAUUCGAGGGGGGAGAGGCAUAAGCCUGAGGUUUCGAGGUUGUACAGAUCAGCACCAAUAAAUAAUGGCUAUGUUAGAUAUGCCAAGCACAUUAAUUUUGGGCAAUAA